AUGAUUGGAAUGCGGUCAAUAAGCCGUGUGAUGGAUCGCGCCUUUUUCCGCUCUCGAUCUGCUCGGUUCUUUCCAACUCCUACACCCUCGAUCCCUCAACACGAAAUUGUUGAUGAGGAGGCCUGUCCAACUUACAACCCUAAAUACUUUUAUCCGGCUAAACCUGGUGAAAUCCUUGCUAAUCAGUAUCAAUUACUGGUUAAGAUUGGCUGGGGAACACAUUCGACGGUAUGGCUUGCGCGAGACACAACAAGAUAUCGAUGGCAAUCCGAACGUUUUAUAACACUGAAAAUAAUAAAUAAUCGCGAUGCUGAUGAGGCUAGUCAUGAGCGUGACAUUGAAGAGCAUAUUGGACGACAAACUGUGUCACACCGCGGCCGUGGCAUUGUGCGAACCUGCCUCAAGAGCUUUGAGGUGACUGGGCCUGUAGACCGCCAUCUAUGUUUGGUCUAUGAACCUCUGCGAGAGCCGCUCUGGAUUCUCCAAAAACGGUUUGUCAAUCAGAAACUCCCGUUACCGAUUGCUAAAGGGUAUAUUCUUAUUCUUCUUGCUGGUCUCGACUUUCUCCACUCAGAAUGCAAGAUCGUUCAUACUGACUUAAAGCUCGAUAACAUUCUCAUGACCUUCGAAAACGAAGAUAUUCUCCCCAAGUUCAUCAAAGAGCAUUCCACUAUCACGUCUAUUCAAUGCAAAGUAGAUGCUGAUACCAAUAGAGCAAUCUACCGCUGUCACAACGACUUCGGGCCCCUUGACUGGAGGGAGUUGAGGAAAAUGAUCCCCAAAAUCGCCGAUUUUGGUUUGGCAAGUCGACUUGACAGUGAUCCUCCGGGUGGUGAAUUGGAGAAGGGAGAGGAAGUUGGCAUUUAUCCCAUACAGCCAGAUCACUAUCGUGCUCCUGAAGUUGUCCUAGGCAGUGGUUGGGGAUUUAGUGCCGAUAUAUGGAAUCUUGGAGUCUUGAUAUGGAAUAUGCUCGAACGCACAGAUCUAUUUUGUAGUGUCUAUGACAGUCAAGGCCAUUAUGAUGCGAAAGCACAUCUAGCGGAGAUGAUUGGGCUGCUUGGCCCGCCUCCCAAGGAAUUACUUGCCAAGUCUGAUGCCAUGGCUGGGUACAAGUGGCCGAACUCCGUGCAGAAUGAUGCAGGAAGGCAUUGCAGGAACAUGCGGGACUUCUUUGGUGGGCCAUUUUUUGACGACAAGGGCAAUUUCCUCCACGAUGAUCUAGUACCUGCCCGAAGCCUUAAAGAUACAAUUCCGUCUUUAGAGGGGGAUGAAAGACAAGCCUUCUUGUCAUUUGUCAGUCAGAUGCUUACCUGGCUCCCAAAGGAGAGAAAAACGGCCCGGCAGUUAAUUGAGCACCCAUUUCUUAACGGUGAAUAG